AUGGAUAUCUUACCAAGUUUCGACUUUUCAACGGAGAGAUUCACAAGUAUGCAUAUUCCUUCUUCUGGCAGAAUGUUUGCUUUGUCUAUGACAAGAGAAGAGCAAAAACUUUGUAUGUUAGCUUCUGUUGCCGCCGACGAUGUAGAUGUAUGGAUGGCGAACAAGAUUGAUAGUACUGGAGCCAUGUCAUGGAGCAAGUUCAUAACAGUGAAACGAGUCUAUAACAACAACCAAUGGAUGUUCUUAACUGGGAUGAAUUACUUGGUGGACGAGAAGAAUAAAGUAAUAGUGUGUCCCGGUAAAUCUUUGGACUCUGGCAGAUUCUUACAUAUUGUGGGAGAGGAUAAGUGCAUACAAGUGGACAAGCAUGAUGCUGGAUCUAGAUGCUCACUUCUCCUCAGCUAUGCUCCAACUCUGGUCUCUGCUUCAGAUAUCUUAUAA